UGCUGAGCGAUUGACCCAAGGUCUGAUAGACAACAUGCGAAUCGAUGCGUGAAGAAACAUAUAUGUUUGCACUGCUUGCCAGCGCUGCAACACGUUUCAAACGUCGGACCUACAGACAUCAUGAAGUUUGCCAAAACUCUCGACGACGAGGCCAUUCCUGAAUGGAAAACCAAUUACUUUGACUACAAGCAAGCCAAAAGGAAGCUGAAAGCAGUCGGAAAGGCAGUACGGAAUGUUCCAAGUAGCCCGCCGACCAACAGAGACUCAAAGGUUUCUGGAUCGUCUCUUACCGACGCGCCUGUAUCUGCGCUACUGAAACGACGUCAGACCUUUGGAGGUGGGACGACUGACAAUGCACCGCCAGUGCAGACAUCCAAGAGUGAUUCGUCAGACCAACCUCUGCGUUCGCACCUAGCGACAGGCGCCGACUUCACACCAGCUAUCGCUUCCAACGAGAAUCGGAAUACUGUUCGAAACAAUAGGCCGGCCACUGCUGCCAACGAGCGUACUGCUCUGAGAAGUGAACAGCAGCGCGACGCGCUCCGCGACCUACCGCACGAAGCCCCGAAACUCAGAAGCUAUGGUAGCAUUAUCGGAAGCCCUCCUGGCAGUGACGAGGAUGAUAACAGCCAAUUGAGUUUGAAGGAGUCACCGACUUCGCUGCGCCUCCCAAAUCCGGCAGUCCCACUGCACGACGAAAUUGAGGACGAGCCGUCCAGUCCUUCCGUGGGAGGAUUACACCGAAUUCCACCGCGCGCUAUCAUGUGGCAACAAGAGCGACCUACAAGUGCAUAUGAGGUUAAUUCACCACCAAGACUUCUGGCUUCGAGACCUCUUGCCGAACGUCUUUUCUCCUUCACGUCCUUCACUGGACAAAUUGGAGCGAAGAGCAGAGGUGAUCUUCCACUCGACGACAUCGCGAUUGAAGCUUACCGGGAGCUGGAUGCGAAGAAGGCCGAAUUUAUCGCUUUCCUCAAUUUGGAGCUUGCGAAGAUCAACGCCUUCUACAAAGCCAAGGAAGAAGAUGCAGUCAAACAGCUUUCCAUCCUCCGCGAGCAGCUGCACAUCAUGCGAGAGCGGCGUUUGGCGGAGACAGAGCAUUUGAAAAGGUAUGGAAGAUCUUCAGCAGCAGCAGCAGGGGAGACAACUGGGGGCCACGACCAUCGCUUCCGCCUCCCAUUUAUGCAUCAUCGUGAGCAUGAGCCUGAAUCUCCAUCACGCCCCCGCAGUCGACUGUCAAGCUCAGUAGGUUUCGCACAAGAAACGCUCGACCGCGUCCGUACUGGCCAUGUUGGCAAGACCUCGACGGCAAUGGCGCAGCUGGGGACUCCGACUGGAAUCUGGAAUCCGCGACCAGACCAGCGUGAUUACGGGACCCGACAGCCAGAUGUCUCUCAUCACACUGCUAAGCGAAAGAUGAAGAUAGCGAUUGCAGAGUAUUACAGAUAUCUAGAGCUGAUCAAAUCUUAUGCGACGGUCAACCGCACUGCCUUCCGGAAGAUUGUCAAGAAAUACGAUAAGACUGCACGCUCACGACAGAAAUCGAAAUUCAUGGACGAACAUGUCAACCCGUCGUACUUUGUCAAGUCGGAGAAGCUUGAAAUGCUAAUAGUUGAUAGUGAGUCAUUGUACUCUCGAUAUUUCGAGCGAGGCAACCACAAAAUUGCCGUAUCGAAAUUACGUGCCAGAAGUGCAAAGGCUAGCGACUACACUGGCUCAGUUGGUAGGACCUGCUUCCUGCUCGGCGUCGGUACAUUCAUGGCGCUUUACGGUCUCGUCAAUGGCGCGGAGAUCCUUACUUCACCAGAUUCACCUCGCCGACAGACUGCAUCGUUUCUGAUGCAGCUCUAUGCUGGCUAUUUUUUCAUGUUAUUACUCACAGGACUUUUCGUUCUGGACGCCGCAGUGUUCGAUCACUACAAGGUCAAUUACCCAUUAAUCUUCGAGCUCGAGCCAAAAUCGCGAUUAGACUGGCGGCAGCUGGCAGAAGUCCCGGCAUUAUUUUUCUUCCUGUUUGGCGGCGCCAUGUGGCUCAAUUUCAGCAUUGAUGCAGGCGGAGACGUUACGUUCCAAUGGUGGUUCGUGGUUCUCCUUGCACUUUCGGCGUGCUGGUUCUUCUUUCCCGCCCGCCUGUUUUACUACAAGACACGCAUAUGGUUCCUGCGGUCGCUGGGACGGCUGGCUCUGUCAGGAUUUUACACUAUCGAAUUCCGCGAUUUUUUUCUGGGUGACAUGUUCUGCUCACUCACGUACUCCCUCGGCAACAUCGAGCUAUUCUUCUGCCUUUACGCACGACAGUUCACCUAUGAUACGGCACAAUGUACAUCGAGCAGAAGCAGGCUACUCGGAUUCUUCACUGCCCUGCCAGGAAUUUGGCGUGCAAUACAGUGUGUGCGGCGAUAUGCGAACACAGGAGCUGCUUUUCCGCAUAUGUUCAACUUUGGCAAAUACUGCUGCACGAUCUUGCAGUACGUCAGUCUAUCAGUAUAUCGAAUCGACCGUACCCCCGGUACACUGGUAUUUUUCAUCGUGGCAGCAACCAUCAAUAGCAUCUAUUGCAUUGUGUGGGACAUCAAUUACGAUUGGAGUUUGGGUAAUUUCAAGCAGAAAAAGUACCGCGGACUACGUGGGCAAUUGUCCUACAGGAAGCAAGCAUGGCUGUACUACUUGGCAAUGGUCGUGGACCCGAUAUUGCGAUUCAAUUGGAUUUUCUACGUCAUCUUCCGGGCAGACCUUCAGCACGCCAGUCUCGUUUCAUUCCUGGUAGCCUUGUCCGAGGUUUUCCGUCGCGGACUAUGGACGCUCUUUCGAGUCGAGAACGAACACUGCACCAACAUCAUGGGACAAAAGGCCACUCGAAGCCUCAACCUUCCCUAUGACACAGAAAGUCUGCACAAGGCCCCCGCCGAUGGCGCAGUUGACCCGACCGCCUCGUCUUCCACGUCGUUGGAUGCGUCGGCAGUCGAUGCAGAAAGUGGCCGCACGACCGCUAUCGAAUCCCCGGUUGUACGCACGCUGCAUCGAGUAGGGACUACAUUGAGAACUGGACACCAGCAGGAUUACGUCAAAAAGGCAAAGAUAGAUGAUGAUUUGCCAGCAGACUCAGACUCGGACGAGAGCGAUGAAUGAUUGAACGGCACCUUCGGAUCAUAAUUCAACGCCGUAGAGAUACAUCGGCAGCCAUUAUUGAACGCAGGCAGCCCGAGGAAAUCCUCUGGAUGGCAGUUUGAAGGUAGGGCUGCAUUUCCCAGUUGCCGUUUCAUUUGAUGCCGCAUUUCGGACUUCGUGAAGUCACCACGACUUAUCGACCCUGGUGUAGCGUUCCAGGUAUUUCAUAAUCAGACAACAAAUUUAUUUCGCGAAGCCCCAGCAUACAUCCGAGCAGAUCUUGUUACACAGCCGUGA